CGACUUCAAAUCCCAUAAAAUCCAAUCCAAAAACAGGCGUUCAGCUUUUGCUGAUGCUGCUACGGGCCCGAAUCCCUUACAUAUGCUGGGAUAUAUCAUUUUUGGAGGUGAAAGGUUGGUGCCGGCAGACUAUGAACCAGCGCCGAAGCAGCCGUGUUUCGUGGUCUUCGAACAGAGAUGGUGAUCCAAACAGUAGACGUGUGGUACGUCGCUGCUCUGUCAUAUGCUCCUCGGGCGAUGACCAGUUCACGUUUGACAGCAGCGGUGAGCACCAUGGUGUCAAGAAAACCCAUGACCUAAAGCCUGUUUUGCGUCAUGGCCAUAAGCCGGCGGCACCAGUGGAGCGGACAUCUGUGCUGGGCCAGGUGACACUGCAGCGGUCAGUGCGUGUGGAUGGCAGAUUCCAAAACCCAUGGCCGACCUGGAGGCCUCCUUCAAUCAGCAACAUUUUCAAGUUUGGCCUGUCGCGGGACAACAGCAACGUGCCUUGCAAGCAAGAGCUGGAGCUGGUGCUCCCUGUCAUAACACCACGAUUCCAGGAACCUCCUGAAGACGGCGUUCGUGUCACCUGGCUAGGCCACUCCACAGUAUUAGUGCAGCUAGAAGGAAUGACGGUGCUGACAGAUCCCAUAUUGAGUGAGCGGGCCUCACCCAGCCAGCUGCUUGGGCCGAAGCGCUACAGACAGGCACCGUGCCAAGUUGACCAGCUCCCCACCAUCCAUGCAGUGCUCAUUUCGCACAAUCACUAUGACCACCUCGACAUGAACACUGUCAGUCAGCUCAAUGCGCGGUUUGGGGAGUCACUUCGCUGGUUUGUGCCCCUAGGCUUGGCGCACUGGAUGGAGCGCAUGGGCUGUGACAAUGUCGUGGAGCUUGAUUGGUGGGAGGAGAACUUUGUCCCUGAACACAGCGAUGUCUCUUUCGUGCUGACGCCUGCCCAGCACUGGUGCAAGCGCACCAUUGGUGACGAUAAUAAGGUACUCUGGGGAAGCUGGUGCGUAGUUGGCCAGCGACAUCGCUUCUUCUUUGCUGGAGAUACGGGCUACUGUGAUGUGUUCAAACAGGUUGGACACAUGUACGGGCCCUUUGAUGUGGCAGCCAUUCCGAUCGGUGCUUACGAGCCCAGAUGGUUCAUGAAGUACCAGCAUGUGAACCCAGAGGAAGCAGUGCUGAUCCACCAAGAUGUGCGCAGUCGAGCAAGCCUGGCAAUACACUGGGGCACCUUCUCUUUAGCAAAUGAGUACUAUCUGGAUCCCCCUGUGAAGCUACGGGAGAGCCUCGACAGACACAACAUCCCCCCAGCAACCUUCUUCACGCUCAAGCAUGGAGAAUCUCGCCUCCUGAAAGCCUCCACCAAUUAGGGAUUGGGUUGAAACCCCACCACUUGGAGGUGGCAGCGUCUAGUCCCACGGGCAUAAUGUGCGCCCUGCUGCUCUCGGCCACAACAUCCUUUCCUGUGGUGCAUAACUGAGUGCCUUGUAACUUAAGACUUGUUGAUGUUACCUUGUGCCACUAGCCAGGCAUAUGACCGGUGUUGCUCAUUGUAAAAACAGAAGGUGGAUGCACAUCUUAAAUGUAGAUUCCAAAGUAGCACCUAUUUUUGCUGUUUGUUUGCAGCUGCCUUAGAUACCUCAGUGCACUAAGAUUUGCUUACAUGACUUUGAGUAUCCACUGAGGCAAAGGUAACAGGCAGCAUCCCUCAGUUUGUAUUGUAAAUAUAGUGCCUUUAGUUUUCUAGUCAGAUUUUUACGGCACACCUUAGAAAGGUUUCCUCGACAGCAGUUUGAAACGAGACUAGGGCAACAAGCAAUUUGCAGUAAAACAGCUCCUGGUGAUGUUGCAUUCUGUUCUGCAGAGGGGUAGACAGAGCAUUGAACUUAAUUGCAACUCUGAGUUUGAGGAACAGUCAACUGAAAUUAUUGAAAACCUACAGUUGCCUAUGGGUAACUUACUGGUGAUGUUAACUGCCUCUCUUUUUUCUGUCCUCAUUAAAGAGGAAUACUGACAUCACCUAUGCCUUUUUUUUAGCAGGCAACGCUAUUUACACUUUGCCUAAAGCAAGCAAAAUUAGACUGGCAAAUUUCCUUUUUUGUCAAUUCUUUUUCUUCAGUAAAACAAAGAUGCAUCCUCAUGUUUAUAAUCUGGAAGGAAGUAAAAUACUCUUUCACUUUCU